AUUGUAAGUUUUCUGAGGUUAUGGAUUGUGAUAGUCGAGAUUAGAGUAUACAGUUAUUUCCUCCAAAAUGUUUUUCUUAGAUACAGACUAAUUGUAACUUUGAAGCGUACCUAUAUAGUUGUGGCCAUCACUUGGAUCAAGUCUACUUUCGUUGCUGCCCUUUACCCGGUAGAUUUUCGCAUAACAAUUUCUUAUGGUUGUAUAGUGAUACCAUUAUGCGUAAUUGUUUCGUUUGUGUCGUAUACAAGAAUUUUCUGGGCGCUCAGACAUCGUAGCAACGAAGUACAAGAUCUUGUCCAACACCGAAAUAGCCAAACGAACCCGCUGAAUAUUGUGCGAUACAGAAAAGCCGUGAACGGUGCUUUGUUAGUGCAGCUGGUGUUACUUGUUUGUUAUUCACCAUUUGCUGUGGUGGAGAUCUCUGUGGUUACUAAUAAAGCACCUUCUUCAUCGUAUCUCCUUGAUUGGGUGGCAACAGGAACUCUUGUGUUCUUCAACUCAUCGUUAAAUCCAAUUCUUUACUGUUGGAAGAUUAAUGAAGUGAGACAAGCAGUAAAGCAAAUAAUAAGACAAGCGUUUUACUGUCCU